CGUACGCACGCGCACUGCGACCAGCAUGAGGGUCGCGGCUCUGAUCAGUGGUGGGAAGGACAGCUGUUACAAUAUGAUGCAGUGCAUUGCUGCUGGGCAUCAGAUCGUUGCUUUAGCAAAUCUGAGACCACCUGAAAACCAAGUGGGGUCAGAUGAACUGGAUAGCUACAUGUAUCAGACAGUGGGCCAUCAUGCCAUUGACUUGUAUGCAGAAGCCAUGGCUCUUCCCCUCUAUCGCAGAACCAUAAGAGGAAGCAGUGUGGAUACAGGACGAGUGUACACCAAAUGUGAAGGUGAUGAGGUUGAAGAUCUCUAUGAGCUUUUGAAACUUGUUAAGGAAAAAGAAGAAGUGGAAGGGAUAUCAGUAGGCGCUAUACUUUCUGACUAUCAGCGUGUUCGAGUAGAAAAUGUGUGUAAGAGGCUUAAUCUUCAGCCUUUAGCUUACCUUUGGCAGAGAAAACAAGAAGAUUUGCUCCGAGAAAUGAUAGCAUCUAACAUUCAGGCGAUCAUCAUCAAAGUAGCAGCUUUGGGUUUAAGUCCAGAUAAGCAUCUUGGAAAAACCCUGGAUCAAAUGGAGCCUCAUCUCUUAGAGCUUUCUAAGAAAUAUGGAGUCCAUGUUUGUGGAGAAGGUGGAGAGUAUGAAACGUUCACUUUGGAUUGCCCUCUAUUUAAGAAGAAAAUAAUUGUAGAUUCAUCAGAAGUAGUCAUACAUUCAGCUGAUGCAUUUGCACCUGUGGCUUACCUACGCUUUUUAGAAUUGCACUUGGAGGACAAGGUGUCCCCAGUGCCUGACAACUACAGAACAUCUAAUUAUAUACACAAUUCUUAAAAAGCACUUUUGAAUACUGUUUACUAAGCUGCCAUUCCAUAUGAAAAAAAAUUACAUAGCAUUUUCUCAAUUAUUAUGUCCUGCUUUUCCUCAUUGCAUUUUUAUCAUCAGAAAAAGUUAAUGGAACCAUUGAUUAAUUGGGGAAAUAUGGAUGCCAUGUUCAUUAUAUUGUCAAGUUACUCAGGAUUCACCCUGACUUUUUGUUAACACGUCCUAUUCAUGUCCUCUAUACUCUACAGGAUAUGUGCCUUUCUUUUUCUUUUUUUUUUUAACCUUUGCUUCAUAUACCACCCUCACUUCUGUGACAUUUUUUACUUUUAUCACAAUGGUUUGUUUUCCUCUUUGUCUUUUUCCUGCUCUUAUGUCUGCCAGUAAUAUCAUGGUGCAGAAGCAUUUGAAAAAGGAUGAAAAGGCAAUCACUUAGCCAAUCAAAUUUAAUCUAUUGGAUGUCACCAGAGUGCUGUAUCAUUUUUCCUCUCAGUAUAUUCAUUGUUUCAACAUUAUUGGAAAAAUUAGGAAGACUAUCAUUAACUCUUAUUGGUUAUUUUAUAACUGAUUUUAAAGAAGCAAUUUUUCAGUAUUACCUGUGCUGAUUUUAGGCAGAUUUUUAAAAAAUAGACUUCAUUUUUUAGAGCAGUUUCGAAUACACAGCAAAAUUGAGCAGAAUGUACCCUGCCCCCACACAAACAUAGUCUCCCCAUAAUCAACAUCCCCCACAAGAGCGGUACAUUUGUUACAGUUGAUGAACCUAUGUUGAUACAUCAUAAUUACCCAAAGUCCAGUGCCAUAUUUAUUUUCCUUUCUGCAUAAAAAUCCAUAAAAGUGUUAUGUUUUUUCUAAAUAAAGAAGAUGCUUAGCCAUGAAUGGAGAACCA